CAAUUACACAAUUUAUCACAAAUGACUUAAUCUACUCGAAUUAAGUGUACCUAAAACGAACGAAAAUCGGAAAAAAAAUCCCUUUUAGCAGGCGAUAACGAUGUUACAAAUACAUUCAAAGCGCAUCUGCAUACAAAUUGUUGUGUAUAAAUAAAGAGGCGACGUCGGGACGAUUUCGAAUCACAAUAAAAUGGAUCCUCUUCGAAGAACGAUUGCGAAUUACAAGUGCAUAAUAAUCCUGUGGGUAUCAAUUGGAGUUGCAGUUUCUGUCCCACAACCUUCUGCAGUGCAUGAUUUGGGCACAAACAAGCCGUUAGAUUGGUGGCAAAAUGCCGUCGUUUACCAAAUUUAUCCGUUAUCCUUUAAGGAUAGCGAUGGCGAUGGAAGCGGAGAUUUGAAAGGCAUCACCAGCAAAUUGCCGUACCUGCAGGACCUCGGCGUCACAGCCAUAUGGCUGACGCCCAUUUACAACUCGUCCCUUUACGACCAAGGCUACGACGUAUCCAAUUACACCAUGAUCCUGAAAACAUUCGGCACCAUGGAAGACUUCGACGAACUCAUCGCAGAAGCGAAGAAACUCGGCAUCAAGGUGGUGCUCGACUUUGUUCCCAACCACACCAGUUUCGAGCACGAAUGGUUCAUUAAAUCGAAAACCGACGACAAUUACAAGGAUUACUACAUUUGGCGCAAUGGUAGUUCCAAAAAUUCUCCUCCUAAUAACUGGAAAUCCACCUUCGGGGGAUCGGCUUGGACGUACGAUAAAGAUGCUAAGAUGUACUAUUACCACCAGUUCCUCCCUCAACAACCGGACCUAAACUACAACAACUCGAACGUGGUGAAGAAAAUGAAAGACGUUUUAACCUUCUGGCUGGACAAAGGAGUGUCCGGUUUCCGCAUGGACGCCGUUCCCUACCUCUUCGAAGACCCCAGCUUGGUGGACGCCCCUACGCCUGAUGGUUGCGACUCUGGCAACUGCCAGAGCCAGUUGCAAAUAACCAAGGAUUUGCCCAGGACCUACGACAUGAUUUACCAGUUCAGGGAGCACCUGGACGAUUACGUCAAAAAGCAUAAACUUAAUGAAACCAAAGUCAUGAUGACGGAAGCUUACACGACACCCGAAGACACCGUACUGUACUACCAAUCCGAAGACGGCAAAAGAAAAGGCGCCCAUUUCACUUUCAACUUCAACCUCAUCGUUUAUUUGAAUUCUAACUUCACGGCAUUGGACAUCAUAAAGGCCGUGGAAAAGUGGCUGGUGUACCUUCCGAGCGGCGCCACCAGCAACUGGGUGAUAGGAAACCACGACAACCACAGGGCGGCGUCGCGCGUCGGCGAGCGCAACGUCGACGCCUUCAACAUGCUCACCGCCUUCCUGCCGGGCGUCAUGGUCACCUACAACGGCGAGGAGAUGGGCAUGCCCGACGGCGAAGUCACCUGCGCGCAAGGCAAAGACACCAGCGCCACCAAAGAUUGCAAGACAUUCAACGAAACCAGCCGGGACUUCGAGAGGACGCCGUUCCAAUGGGACAACACCACUUACGCGGGUUUCUCCGACCACCAGCCCUUCCUGCCGGUGGGCUCCAGCAAGAGCUACAUAAACAUUAACGCGGAAAACCAGACGGGAGUGAACAGCCCGUACGAAACGUACAAGAAGCUGAUGAAGUUCAGGAAGGAGCACUACAGCUUGGCGUCGGUUAGAGAUGCUGUUUCGUUGUUGCAGCUGAGCGAUGGCGUGAUGCAAAUCGUGAGGCAAAGGGACGACGGGGAGUUCGUUUAUUUGUUCAAUGCAGGCGAGUCUAAGGAGUCGGUAAAUUUCUAUAGUAUGGCUAAUCAGGAAUAUAAAGUGCUGGUGAGCAGUACUAACAGCACCCGCAAAGCUAUGGAGACGGUGCAAAGUACUAUCAAGCUGGACCCGCAUGAAUGUUUGAUUUUGCAAGGAUAUCCAUCUAAAUCAUCCAGUACUCCAAACCCCUCGUCUAGUACUCCAAACCCCACGACUACUACUCCAAACCCCUCGCCUAGUACUCCAAACCCCUCGUCUAGUACUCCAAAACCGUCCAAUGCAGUCCUAUCAUCUGUUAUAUCCAUCCAAUUCAUCCUGAUAUCCAUCGUAAUGCACCGCAUAUUAUAGAAAUAUUUAUUUAAAAACCACAUCUACAAUUAAACCGUUGGUUCGAAUCGACUGGCGUUUCAUUCCGCA